AAUUUUCCAUUGUUUACGAGAUUGUCUGACGGGUUGCAUUGUUCUUGUUUACGAGCUUGUUUGUGCUUUACAGGUGGAAUUGUCCCUUGUUUACGACCAUAUACGUGUUUUACAGGUGGAAUUGUCCCUUGUUUAUGAGCUUGUUUGUGGUUUGCAGGUGGAACCAUCCAUUGUUCACCAGCUUGUUUGUAUUUGACAGGUGGAGCUAGUACGCCUUAGCGACGACAAAGCGAGAGAGACCGGGGCGUACUGUCUGGAUGGUACCGUACCGGCAUAUUACCUUAUGAGAGGAUUUUCCGGCGGUGAGGAUAAGUGGCGAAUCUUUCUGGAGGGAGGCGGGUACUGUGAGAGCCUUGCCCGCUGUUAUGCCCACAGCUUUACCGAGUUCGGCACGUCCAGAGUUCUCCGGCCUGUCCCUGCCGGCCUCGGGGGAUUCCUGUCCAACAAUCCGGACUUAAAUCCGGAAUUCUACAACUGGAACACAGUGUUUAUACACUACUGCGACGGCUCUAGCUUUACAGGCAACAAACCGGAACCGGUGACCUACAGAGGAAGGACGUUGUAUUUCCGAGGCAGCCGGAUCCUUGACGCCAUCUUGAAUGAGCUCCUCGAGAACAGGGGACUUCAAAACGCAGAACGGGUGAUCCUUGCCGGCAACUCAGCUGGGGGAAUGGCUGUGUUCCGCCAUGCUGAUCACGUGAGAAGUAUGCUGCCGCCACGUGUCCAGUUUGCAGCAUUACCCGGCUCUGCCCUGUUCGCGUGGGAUCCCAGCCUGAUCGAGAGGUUCAUCGUACGUCAUGCAACCCUCCACGGGAUGUUAGAUGGACCAGAUUUCCCAGCAUGCACAGGGGCCUACCCACAGAGUGAGCGCUGGAAGUGUCUCCUACCGCAGUUCGCCGUGACGCAGGUCCAGUCCCCCAUGUUUGUUCUUCACUCUGCCUACGAUUCCUGGGUUCUUCGGAACAUCCUCGGUAUCGACUGUCUUACACAGGCGUGCUUUGAUGUACGCUGGCGGUGGACAACCCUACAACUUCAUAGAUACAAGCUUUGGGGACUAAUCGUUAGGCUUAGCGCCGGACAAGGAGCUUAUAUACCCAGCUGUACCGAUCACUUUCUGCUAGAGAGCACGGCCUGGAAUAGGCUAAACAUGAAUGGUAGAACCCCCAUGGAGGCGUUCGCUGAUUGGCUGUAUGGACGAUCGACGAGGCCAAAGGAGAUAGAGAGUAACACAAACCUUAACCCAACUUGUUAAGAACUUUUCAUCCGAACGACAGUCUCGUUCAUUCAUGACGAUGAUGAUAUUUAUCUGAAAAAAUGUGUUCUGCAUAUUAAGUAGAUCUGAAUAAUCUUUCUACUUCAAAGAUCAGUUAUGGGUAUGUCUGUGUAAGAAUAACCAUCAAUCAGUUCUAUGAUUUUCUUUUCGUUAUACAUACCUAUUCCUUUAUUUGGAUUUAACUUUAAGUUGAACAUACGUUGUUUUUCAUAUCUUUGUAUAUCUUGUUUGCGGUGACUUGCGCACAUGUUAUGUUUGGCUAUGUAAAUAAAGCAAACUAAUGAA